AUGGUGCAGCAGGCCGAGAGCUUGGAAGCGGAGAGCAACCUGCCCCGGGAGGCGCUGGACACGGAGGAGGGCGAAUUCAUGGCUUGCAGCCCGGUGGCCCUGGACGAGAGCGACCCGGACUGGUGCAAGACGGCGUCGGGCCACAUCAAGAGGCCGAUGAACGCGUUCAUGGUGUGGUCCAAGAUCGAGCGCCGGAAGAUCAUGGAGCAGUCUCCGGACAUGCAUAACGCCGAGAUCUCCAAGAGGCUGGGGAAGCGGUGGAAAAUGCUGAAGGACAGCGAGAAGAUCCCGUUCAUCCGGGAGGCGGAGCGGCUGCGGCUCAAGCACAUGGCCGACUACCCCGACUACAAGUACCGGCCCCGGAAAAAGCCCAAGAUGGACCCCUCGGCCAAGCCCAGCGCCAGCCAGAGCCCCGAGAAGAGCGCGGCGGGCGGCGGCGGCGGCGCGGGCGGCGGCGCGGGCGGCGCCAAGACCUCCAAGGGCUCGAGCAAGAAAUGCGGCAAGCUCAAGGCCCCUACGGCCCCCGCGGCCGGCGGCGCCAAGGCGGGCGCGGGCAAGGCGGCCCAGCCCGGGGACUACGGCGGCGCGGGCGACGACUACGUGCUCGGCAGCCUGCGCGGGAGCGGCGCGGGCGGCGGCGGCGGCGCGGGCAAGACGGUCAAGUGCGUGUUCCUGGACGAGGACGACGAGGACGACGAGGACGACGACGAGCUGCAGCUGCGGAUCAAGCAGGAGGCGGACGAGGAGGACGAGGAGCCGCCGCACCCGCAGCUCCUGCAGCCGCCCGGGCAGCAGCCGCCGCAGCUGCUGAGACGCUACAACGUCGCCAAAGUGCCCGCCAGCCCCACGCUGAGCAGCGCGGCCGAGUCCCCCGAGGGCGCGAGCCUCUACGACGAGGUGCGGGCCGGCGCGACCGCGGGCGCCGGGGGCGGCAGCCGCCUCUACUACAGCUUCAAGAACAUCACCAAGCAGCACCCGCCGCCGCUGGCGCAGCCCGCGCUGUCGCCCGCGUCCUCGCGCUCCGUCUCCACCUCCUCCUCCUCGUCCUCCUCCUCCUCGUCCUCCUCCUCCUCCUCCUCCUCCUCCUCCUCGUCCUCGUCCUCGUCCAGCACCAGCAGCAGCGGCGGCGGCGAGGACGCCGACGACCUAAUGUUCGACCUGAGCUUGAAUUUCUCCCAAAGCGCGCACAGCGCCAGCGAGCAGCAGCUGGGGGGCGGCGCGGCGGCCGGGAACCUGUCCCUUUCUCUGGUGGAUAAGGAUUUGGAUUCGUUCAGCGAGGGCAGCCUGGGCUCCCACUUCGAGUUCCCCGAUUACUGCACGCCCGAGCUGAGCGAGAUGAUCGCGGGGGACUGGCUGGAGGCGAACUUCUCCGACCUGGUGUUCACGUAUUGA